CGCGGGAGUCCGACCGGAGCGCGCGGCGGAGCCCGGACCCUCCCUCGGACUUUCGGACCGGCCAUGGCAUCACUGCCACCCCUGCUCUGCCUCUGUGUCGCCGCCGCUCACCUGGCGGGGGCCCGAGGCACUACCCUUAUUGAGGAGCCCACGGAGACCGUGUGGGGCCUCGAAGGUCCAUCGCUGCACCCUGGCCAGCCCUCGCCAGCCCUGGAGGACUGGGAAGAGGCCAGCGAGUGGACGUCCUGGUUCAACGUGGACCACCCGGGCGGCGAGGGCGACUUCGAGAGCCUGGCUGCCAUCCGCUUCUAUUACGGGCCGGCGCGCGUGUGCCCGCGGCCGCUGGCGCUGGAGGCGCGCACCACGGACUGGGCCCUGCCGUCCGCAGUCGGCGAGCGUGUGCACUUGAACCCCACGCGCGGUUUCUGGUGCCUCAACCGCGAGCAGCCACGCGGCCGCCGCUGCUCCAACUACCACGUGCGCUUCCGCUGCCCUCGCGAGGCCGCGUGGGGAGCGUGGGGCCCGUGGGGUCCCUGUUCAGGGAGCUGCGGGCCAGGUCGUCGUCUGCGCCGCCGCCGCUGCCCAAGCCCCACUGGGGAUGCAUGUCCCGGGCGCCCCCUGGAGGCACAGAAGUGUGUGCGGCCUCGGUGUCCAGGGUGCAGCCCCAAAACGUGUGGAUGCCCCAAUCACAUCCUCCUGGGCUCAGUGGUCACUCCAUCUGGCCGGCCGCUACCAGGGGCCAAGGUCUCCCUGAGAGGCUGGCCUGGCACUGUGGCCACCAGCGAUGCCCAUGGAACCUUCCGGAUGCCUGGAGUCUGUGCCAGCAGCCAGACCAACGUCAGUGCCCAAAUGGAUGGCUUCUCUGCUGGUACGGCCCAGGCCCAGGCCAACAGCUCCAUAUCUGCUGUGGUCACUAUUGUUCUUGAUAAGUUAGAGAAGCCCCACCUGUUGAAGCACCCCGAGUCCCGAGUGCGAGAGGCAGGCCAGAAUGUGACCUUCUGCUGCAAAGCCUCAGGCACCAAGAAAUACUCCUGGUUUCACAACGGGACCCUGCUGGACAGGCGAGAGCACAGGUAUGGGGCCCACCUGGAGCUUCGGGGACUGCGUCCAGACCAGGCAGGCACCUACCACUGCAAAGCAUGGAAUGACGCGGGCUCUGUGCUCUCUGGUGCUGCUGAGCUCGUCGUGCUUGCUCCGGGACAGCCAGCCUGUGACCCCCAGCCUCGUGAGCACCUGAUCAAACUCCCCGACGACUGCAGUCAGCCGGGCAGUGGCCCCGCCUAUCUGGAUGUGGGCCUCUGCCCUGACACCCUUUGCCCCGGCCCAGCAGGCUCUGGCCCCAGGUGUGGGGAUGCAGGCUCCCGGUGCUGCUCCGUGCGCCGCCUGGAAAGCAGGCAGAUCCACUGCUCCAGCUACAUCCUUCCUGUCAAGGUGGUGGCCGAGUGUGGCUGCCAGAAAUGUCUGCCCCCUCGCGGGCUGGUCCGGGGCCGUGUGGUGGCCGCUGACACAGGGGAACCGCUGCGAUUUGCCCAGAUCCUGCUGGGUCUCGAGCCCAUCGGCUUUACCUCCUACCAGGGCGACUUCACCAUCGAGGUGCCCCGCUCUACCCAGCGCCUGGUGGUGACUUUCGUGGAACCCAGUGGCGAGUUCAUGGACGCUGUCAGGGUCCUGCCUUUCGACCCUCGAGGCGCUGGUGUGUACCACGAGGUCAAGGCCAUGCGGAAGAAAUCCCCCGUCAUCUUAGAUGCCAGCCAGAGCAACACGCUCCCCCUGGGGGAGCUGGAAGACGCGCCUCCUGUGGGCGAGCUGGUCCUCCCACCUGGAGCCUUCCGCACGGCCAACGGAGAGCCCUACUCGGGGCCCGUGGAGGCCCGGGUGACCUUCGUGGAUCCCCGAGAUCUCACCUCGGCGGCUGCCGCCCCCAGUGACCUGCGCUUUGUGGACAGUGAUGGCGAGCUGGCCCCACUGCGCACCUACGGCAUGUUCGCGGUGGACCUCCGGGCCGCCGGCUCCGCCGAGCAGCUGCAGGCCGGGCCCCUGGCCGUGCGUGUGGCCGCGGGCCAGAUCCGCAUGCCGGGCCACGUGGAGGCCCUCCAGCUCUGGUCGUUGAACCCCGACACCGGCUUGUGGGAGGAGGAGAGCGGCUUCCAGCGCGAGGGCUCGGCGGCCCCCCGGGUCCGCCGGGAGGAGCGCGCCUUCCUCGUGGGCAACUUGGAGAUCCGCGAGCGGCGUCUGUUCAACCUGGACGUGCCCGAGCGCCGCCGCUGCUUCGUGAAGGUGCGCGCCUACGCGAGCGACAAGUUCGCCCCCAGCGAGCAGGUGGAGGGCGUGGUGGUCACGCUGGUCAACCUGGAGCCGGCGCCUGGCUACUCCUCCAACCCCCGCGCCUGGGGCCGCUUCGACAGCGCGGUCACGGGCCCCAACGGAGCCUGUCUCCCCGCCUUCUGCGACGCGGACCGAGCGGAUGCCUACACAGCCCUGGUGACGGCCACCCUGGGCGGGGAGGAGCUGGAGCCCCCGCCCUCCCGGCCGCGCGCGCUGCCGGCCACCGUGGGCGUGGCGCAGCCCUACCUGGACAAGCUCGGGUACCUCCGCACUGACCACGACGACCCUGCCCUGAAACGCAACGGCUUCCGCAUCAACCUCGCCAAACCCAGGCCUGGCGACCCCACCGAAGCCAAAGGCCCGGUGUACCCAUGGCGCAGCCUGCGGGAGUGCCAGGAGGCCCCGGUGACCGCCAGCCACUUCCGCUUCGCGCGCAUGGAGGCCGACAAGUACGAGUACAACGUGGUCCCAUUCCGGGAGGGCGCGCCAGCCUCCUGGACCGGAGACCUCCUGGCCUGGUGGCCCAACCCACAGGAGUUCCGGGCCUGCUUCCUCAAGGUGAAGGUUCAGGGCCCGCAGGAGUACAUGAUCCGCUCCCACAACGUGGGGGGCAGCCACCCACGCACCCAGGGCCAGCUCUAUGGGCUGCGGGAUGCCCGCAGCGUGAGAGACCCCCAGCGCCCUGGAACGUCUGCUGCCUGCGUGGAGUUCAAGUGCAGCGGGAUGCUGUUCGACCAGCGACAGGUGGACAGGACGCUGGUGACUAUCACACCCCAGGGUAGCUGUCGUCGUGUGGCCGUCAACGGGCUCCUUCAGGAUUACUUGGCCCGGCACCCCCCACCCGCUCCCGCUGAUGACCCAGCCACCUUUGCCAUGCUGGCCCCGCUGGACCCUCUGGGUCACAACUACGGCGUCUACACGGUCACUGACCAGAGCCCAAGGCUGGCGAAGGAGAUCGCCAUUGGCCGUUGCUUCGAUGGCUCCUCUGACGGCUUCUCCAGGGAGAUGAAGGCUGAUGCAGGCACAGCUGUCACAUUCCAGUGCCGGGAACCAGUGGCGGGCCGGCCCAGCCUCUUCCAGAGGCUGCUGGAGUCCCCGGCAACAGCACUUGGUGACAUCCGCAGGGAGAUGAGUGAGGUGGCCCAGGCACAGGCCUGAGCUGAGGGUCUCCUCCGUACCCUCCAAGGCAGGGCCUGGCAGUGACCUGGGCCCCAGCCUUGCUCCUCUGCCUUGCUCUGGACUUCUCUGUCCCUGGGGAGUCUCACCCCCUUCUCCAGAUGCCCACUGCUCAGAGUCCAGAGUCAGGGGCAACGGUGGAAAUGCCAAGAAGGUGAUUAUUGCUGAGAGAUGCUAAACGGAGCUCGAGUUCGUCCUGACCGUGGGAGCCAGCAUCCCGGAGACCGUUGAGGCUGGAGGGAAUGGCCCCCAGAUCACAUGCUCUGAUUUCAAUUAUAUUUUGACUCUGAUUUCAAAUAUUCUGCCCCUUGGGAUUUCUGACCUUCGGCCUCAAGACCCCUGGGUGUCACUGAACAAGGUGCUUUAUCGGGUCCUCUGCCUCAAGCUUUGUUCUGGGGGUUAUUUAUUGAAACAAAGCCUGUGGGUUGAUCAUG